CGACUGGGUGCACGUGCCAUGGCUGCCUUGAACGGCGGCACUGGCGGUGCAGACGCUCCACCCGAGUCGCCCCUGGUCACCUCCUUCCUCGACAGAUUGUCCUCCGCCCAGUUUGGCCGACUCUACGCCGCGCCGGCGAGCUGCCUGUCCAUCUUCCGGAUCCUCCCCGUCACGGCGAGGCAUGUCGUGCUCAACAUGCUAUGGUACGACGAGCUCGUGCGAGUGCGCGACGUCGCCCUGUGGGUCCGCGAGCGCAAGAGCGAGGGCGGCGACAAGGGCGAGCGACGGCACCUGACGGCGACCCUGUCGGCCCUCUUCCACCUGCACAUCCUCUCGCCGCGAGGCGCUCACCCUUCAAGCGCCUUGAGCGACGACGCCAUUCUCGACAUGAGCGAGGGCUUCCGGGACAGCUUCAAGCUCGCGCUCACUGGCGGCGGCAAGAAGGGCUCGUUCGGUGCAGCGGCGACGGUGCAAGACGACGAGAUCACGGUGCAGUACCUCGACACGUACGCCGAGACGCAGUGGGAGACGAUCCAGCACUUCAUGGUCGGGUCCGAGUCGGGCGCCAAGAAGCCUGGCGACAAGGUCCUCGGUCUGCUGGCCAAGAGCGGCCUCAUGUUGUCGACGACCGCCUCGCUCCGCAAGAUGCGCAUCACGUCCAAGGGCUUCCAGUUCCUUCUCGAGGACGUCAACACGCAGCUGUGGGACCUGCUCCUCGUCUACCUCGACGAGUCUCAGGACCUCGUCGAGACGAUCGGCUUCCUCUUCAUGCUCAGUUCUCUCGAGCUGGGACGGGCCUACCUCACCGACAGCCUGAGUCGGGCACAGCUCGGCGUCCUGCAGGACCUCGCCGAGUACGGGCUUGUCUACUACCCCGAUCCGCGCUCGUCCCUCUUCUACCCGACCCGCCUCGCGACAACCCUCACCUCGUCCGCACCUCCCCUCGUCUCGUCGCGUCACACGAACGAGGAAAAGGGCUUCAUCGUGCUCGAGACCAACUACAAGCUGUACGCCUACACGUCGAACCCGCUCCAGAUCUCGGUCCUCGGCCUGUUUGCCCACCUCAAGACGCGCUUUGCCAACUUUGUCACGGGCCACAUCACGCGCGAGAGCAUUCGCGAGGGCCUCGCCAACGGCAUCACGGCGAACCAGAUCAUCUCGUACCUCUCUUCUCGUGCGCACCCGCAGAUGCGGGCCCACGCCGGCAAUGACGACAAGCUCCUCCCGACAACGGUCGUCGACCAGAUCCGCCUGUGGGAGCACGAGCGGCGCCGCAUCCAGACGACCGACGGGUUCCUGUACGACGACUUUUCGUCGACGCACGACUACGAGCUCGUCGUCAACUAUGCGCGCGAGAUCGGCGCCAUCGUGUUUGACGAGCCGCGCAUGCGCAAGGUGUUUGUCACGGCCGACGGGCACCUCCAGGUCCGCGAGUUUAUCAAGCGGCGCAUGGCGGCGGCGCAGCAGGAGGCGGCGGCCGCAGCAGAGGGAGUGCCGCCAGCAUGA